CGGGCCGCGCCGCUUUCCCCGCCCUGGGGCCCCUCUUCGAGGCCAGGUCCUGAGCUGUAGAGGACCGUGCAGACAUUAGCGACUGGGUCUGAGAAGGCUCUGGAAGGCGUUGGCUUGGGAAUUCAUUCAGCAUUUCAGCCUGAGCCCAUUAUGGAUUGGCUGUGAUUUUAGGGACGCACAGAAAAUUUCAAAAAUGAAGGUGGACAGGACUAAACUGAAGAAGACGCCUACUGAGGCUCCUGCAGACUGCCGGGCUCUCAUAGACAAACUUAAGGGUUGUAACGAUGAGCAACUCCUCUUGGAACUUCAGCAGAUCAAAACCUGGAAUAUUGGAAAGUGUGAGCUGUACCAUUGGGUGGACCUAUUGGAUCGUUUCGAUGGGAUUCUGGCUGAUGCUGGACAGACUGUGGAAAACAUGGCUUGGAUGCUGAUGUGUGAUGGGCCUGACAAAGAGCAUCUGAAAUUAUUGCUCUUGGCAGUCUUGAACUUUACCGCUCUGCUCAUCGAAUACAGCUUUUCUCGGCAUCUGUACAGCUCCAUAGAGCAUCUGACUACCUUACUGGCCUCCUCUGAUAUGCAAGUGGUACUCGCGGUGCUGAACCUUCUUUAUGUCUUCAGCAAGAGAUCCAACUACAUCACUCGCCUGGGUUCUGACAAGAGGACUCCGCUGCUGUCCCGUCUGCAGCACUUGGCAGAGAGCUGGGGCGGCAAGGAAAAUGGUUUUGGACUUGCAGAGUGCUGUAGAGACCUGCACAUGUUGAAAUACCCACCCAGUGCAACUACACUACACUUUGAGUUCUAUGCAGACCCAGGAGCCGAGGUCAAAGUUGAGAAAAGGACACCCAGUAAUACACUACACUAUAUCCAUAUAGAACAGCUGGACAAGAUUUCAGAAAGUCCUUCUGAAAUCAUGGAAUCCCUCACGAAAAUGUACAGCAUCCCAAAGGAUAAACAGAUGUUGCUGUUCACGCACAUCCGCCUGGCCCAUGGCUUUUCCAAUCAUAAGAAGAGGCUACAAGCUGUUCAAGCUAGACUCCACGCAAUAUCCAUAUUAGUAUAUUCCAAUGCCUUACAGGAGUCCGCAAACAGUAUCCUGUAUAAUGGGUUGAUAGAGGAGUUGGUAGAUGUCCUUCAAAUAACAGAUAAACAGCUCAUGGACAUUAAAGCAGCCUCUUUGAGGACUUUGACAUCAAUUGUACACUUAGAAAGGACGCCCAAACUCAGCAGUAUUAUUGACUGCACCGGCACGGCCUCCUACCACGGAUUCUUACCUGUCCUUGUACGAAACUGUAUCCAAGCCAUGAUUGAUCCUUCCAUGGACCCAUACCCUCAUCAGUUUGCCACUGCUCUCUUCUCCUUCUUGUACCACUUGGCCAGCUAUGAUGCUGGAGGAGAAGCCUUGGUGUCUUGUGGAAUGAUGGAGGCCUUACUUAAGGUGAUCAAGUUCCUUGGAGAUGAACAGGAUCAGAUAACCUUUGUUACCCGAGCGGUCCGAGUCGUCGACCUCAUCACCAACCUUGACAUGGCAGCUUUUCAGUCACACAGUGGGCUAUCAAUCUUCAUUUACAGAUUGGAGCAUGAAGUUGACUUGUGCCGAAAAGAGUGUCCUUUUGUGAUCAAGCCAAAGAUCCAGAGGCCCAGCACUGCCCAUGAAGGAGAAGAAAUGGAGACUGACAUGGACGUUGCAGAUGUAGCCAUGGAAAGCAGUCCAGGCCCAUCCACCGCUUCGGUAGAUCCCCGACCUGAUGUGGAAACAAGGUCCCGGGCUCCCAGCAUCAGCGGCAGCGUCAUGCUCCCUCCCCGUACUGGAGUCCAGUGCAUUCCUCAACGUGCCGCACUUCUCAAGUCUAUGCUGAACUUUCUUAAGAAAGCCAUCCAAGACCCAGCCUUCUCUGAUGGCAUUCGUCAUGUGAUGGAUGGCUCUUUGCCUACCUCGCUGAAACACAUCAUCAGUAAUGCCGAGUACUAUGGGCCUUCGCUCUUUCUGCUAGCUACUGAAGUGGUCACUGUGUUUGUGUUCCAAGAACCCUCCCUCCUGUCCUCUCUGCAAGACAAUGGGCUGACCGAUGUCAUGCUACACGCCCUGCUUAUCAAAGAUGUUCCUGCAACCCGAGAAGUCCUCGGCUCCUUGCCCAAUGUGUUUAGUGCACUGUGCUUGAACGCUCGAGGCCUCCAGUCCUUUGUGCAGUGUCAGCCUUUUGAACGUCUCUUCAAAGUACUGCUUUCUCCAGAUUACCUGCCAGCCAUGCGCAGGAGGAGGAGUUCAGAUCCCCUUGGCGAUACUGCUUCCAACCUCGGCAGUGCGGUGGAUGAACUGAUGAGGCACCAGCCUACCCUGAAGACAGAUGCUACAACUGCCAUUAUCAAGUUGUUAGAAGAGAUCUGUAACCUUGGAAGGGACCCCAAAUAUAUCUGCCAGAAGCCCUCCAUUCAGAAGGCAGACGGUACCAGUACAGCUCCUCCUCAGAGAGCCAACCAUGCUGCAGAAGAGGCAUCCAGUGAGGACGAAGAAGAGGAGGAGGUGCAGGCCAUGCAGAGCUUUAAUCCCCCUGCGCCAAGCGACACCGACUCAAACCAGCAGGUUGUUGGAACAGAAGAGCGGGUCCCCAUUCCCCUCAUGGAUUAUAUCCUCAAUGUGAUGAAGUUUGUGGAAUCCAUUUUAAGCAAUAAUACAACAGAUGACCACUGCCAGGAGUUUGUGAAUCAGAAGGGUCUGCUGCCUCUUGUGACUAUCCUGGGGCUCCCCAACCUGCCCAUCGACUUUCCCACCUCGGCUGCCUGUCAGGCUGUGGCAGGGGUCUGCAAGUCCAUACUGACUCUGUCUCAUGAACCCAAGGUCCUGCAGGAGGGCCUUCUGCAGCUGGACUCUAUCCUCUCGUCUCUGGAACCUCUGCACCGGCCAAUUGAGGCCCCUGGGGGCUCCGUGCUUUUGCGAGAGCUUGCCUGCGCUGGCAACGUCGCAGACGCCACCCUUUCUGCCCAGGCUACCCCUUUACUGCAUGCCCUCACAGCUGCUCACGCCUACAUCAUGAUGUUCGUUCACACUUGCCGGGUCGGCCAGAGCGAGAUCCGUGCCAUCUCAGUGAACCAGUGGGGUUCCCAGCUGGGUCUAAGUGUUCUAAGCAAGCUGAGCCAGCUCUACUGUUCUCUUGUGUGGGAAAGCACAGUUCUGCUCUCACUGUGUACACCAAACAGCCUCCCUUCUGGGUGCGAAUUUGGGCAGGCAGACAUGCAGAAGUUGGUCCCAAAGGAGGAGAAGGCAGCCACCUCAACAGCCACUCAUGGAACCAAGAGAACUGAAGGAGAAAGUGAUGGGACAACAGCCACCGUGGAGGCCUCCACCCAGGGCUUAUUGGAAGGCAUUGGCCUGGACGGUGACACCUUGGCUCCCAUGGAGACUGAUGAGCCCAGUGCCUCAGAUGCCAAGGGCAAGUCUAAGAUUACCCCUGCCAUGGCAGCUCGAAUCAAACAGAUUAAACCUUUGCUUUCUGCCUCCUCACGGUUAGGCCGAGCUCUUGCUGAGCUCUUUGGGCUUCUCGUUAAACUCUGUGUGGGAUCCCCUGUUCGCCAGCGGAGGAGUCACCAUGCAACCAGCACCACAACAGCACCAACACCUGCAGCCCGGUCAACAGCUUCUGCCCUCACCAAACUCCUCACGAAGGGCUUGUCCUGGCAGCCCCCACCAUACACACCCACACCCAGAUUCAGGCUGACUUUCUUCAUCUGUUCAGUUGGCUUCACCUCCCCCAUGCUGUUUGAUGAAAGGAAGUACCCAUACCACCUCAUGCUGCAAAAAUUCCUCUGCUCUGGAGGUCACAAUGCUCUUUUUGAAACUUUCAACUGGGCUCUCUCCAUGGGAGGCAAAGUUCCUGUUUCGGAGGGCCUUGAACACCCUGACCUGCCAGAUGGCACAGGAGAGUUCCUAGAUGCCUGGCUCAUGCUGGUAGAGAAGAUGGUGAACCCAACCACUGUGCUAGAAUCCCCCCAUUCCCUGCCGGCCAAGCUUCCUGGGGGCCAGAGCCCCCCCCAGUUCAGUGCCCUGCGAUUCCUUGUCGUAACUCAGAAGGCAGCCUUCACCUGCAUCAAGAACCUGUGGAAUCGGAAGCCACUGAAAGUAUAUGGUGGCCGCAUGGCCGAAUCAAUGUUGGCCAUCCUAUGCCACAUCCUUCGUGGCGAACCUGUCAUCCGAGAGCGACUGAGCAAGGAUAAGGAAGGGGCCCGAGGAGAAGAAGAAUCAGGGCAAGAGGAAAGUGGCUCCCGCCGGGACCCUCAAGUGAACCAGCAACAGCUCCAGCAGCUAAUGGACAUGGGCUUCACAAGAGAGCAUGCCAUGGAGGCUUUGUUGAACACCAGUACCAUGGAACAAGCUACCGAGUAUCUCCUGACCCACCCACCCCCGCUCAUGGGAGGAGCUGUCCGGGAUCUCAGUAUGUCCGAAGAGGACCAGAUGAUGAGGGCUAUUGCCAUGUCUCUGGGACAGGACAUUCCAAUGGAUCAGAGAGCAGAGUCCCCUGAGGAAGCUGCUUGCAGGAAGGAGGAAGAAGAGCGGAAAGCCCGGGAAAAGCAAGAAGAGGAGGAGGCCAAGUGCCUGGAGAAGUUCCAGGAUGCUGAGCCCCUGGAGCAGGAGGAGCUCCAUGGUUUCACAGACACUAUGUUGCCAGGCUGUUUCCAUCUCCUGGAUGAGCUUCCAGACACUGUGUACCGUGUAUGUGACUUGAUCAUGACCGCCAUUAAGCGCAAUGGGGCUGACUACCGAGACAUGAUUCUGAAGCAGGUGGUCAAUCAGGUCUGGGAAGCCGCUGAUGUUUUGAUCAAAGCAGCUCUUCCCCUGACAACCAGUGACACAAAGACAGUUUCUGAAUGGAUCAGUCAGAUGGUCACCCUUCCUCAGGCCUCAAACUUGGCUACUAGGAUCUUGUUGUUAACAUUGCUAUUUGAGGAAUUGAAACUCCCAUGUGCUCGGGUGGUUGAAUCCAGUGGCAUCCUCAAUGUCCUCAUCAAACUUCUGGAAGUGGUCCAGCCGUGCCUUCAAGCUGCCAAGGAGCAGAAGGAGGUCCACACCCCAAAAUGGAUCACCCCAGUGCUGCUCCUGAUUGACUUCUAUGAGAAGACAGCCAUCUCCUCUAAGAGGAGAGCCCAGAUGAACAAGUACCUCCAGGCUAACAACAACAAUUGGCGCUGGUUCGAUGACCGGUCCGGGCGCUGGUGUAGCUACAGUGCAAGCAAUAACAGCACUAUUGAUGCCGCCUGGAAAGCUGGUGAGACAAGUGUCCGAUUCACAGCUGGCCGGCGGCGGUACACCGUGCAGUUCACCACAAUGGUGCAGGUCAACGAGGAAACUGGCAACCGGCGCCCUGUAAUGCUGACACUCCUGCGAGUGCCACGGCUUAGCAAGAACCCCAAAGAUAGCAACGAGCAGGAGCUAGACAAGACCUUGGAUGAAGCCAAAGAAGUUGAUGGCAAGCCAAGUGAGGAGAAAGCCUCCAGUGAAUGCUCCUUGGCUCCUGAGAGUCCAACCCUUGAGAAGGAACUUGUUGCUGAGGAGGCCCAGCUGGGAGAGAUCCUGAUCCAGGGCCUCACAGAGGAGAUGGUGACAGUCCUGAUCAGGGCCUGCGUGAGCAUGCUGGGCGUCCCAGUGGACCCAGACACACUGCAUGCCACCUUGCGCCUCUGCCUCCGGCUCACCCGAGACCACAAGUAUGCCCUGAUGUUUGCUGAGCUGAAGAGCACUCGAAUGAUCCUAAACUUGACCCAGAGCUCAGGCUUCAAUGGAUUUACCCCCCUGGUUACCCUGCUCUUGAGGCACAUCAUUGAGGAUCCAUGUACCCUACAGCAUACCAUGGAAAAGGUUGUGCGGUCUGCAGCUACCAGUGGGGCAGGAAGCACCACAUCUGGAGUGGUAUCUGGCAGCCUAGGCUCUCGGGAAAUCAACUAUAUCCUCCGUGUCCUUGGGCCAGCCGCGUGCCGUAAUCCAGACAUCUUCACUGAGGUGGCGAAUGGCUGUAUCCGCAUUGCUCUUCCAGCCCCUCGAGGCUCGGGGACCGCAUCAGAUGAUGAAUUUGAGAAUUUGAGAAUCAAAGGUCCCAAUGCUGUGCAGUUGGUGAAGACAACCCCAGUCAAGCCCUCUUCUCUGCCUCUCAUUCCGGAUACCAUCAAGGAGGUGAUUUAUGACAUGCUUAAUGCCUUGGCUGCCUACCAUGCUCCAGAGGAAGCAGAAAAAUCCGACCCCAAACCUGGGGUGAUGACUCAGGAGGUUAGCCAGAUCCUACAAGACAUGGGGGAUGAAGUAUACCAGCAGUAUCGAUCUCUGACACGCCAGGGCAGCGACUUUGAUGCUCAGACUGGCUUCGCCAUUAACGCUCAAGUCUUUGCCACCGAUGGUGCAUCCGCUGAGACACCUCAGUCAGGGACACUGCAAGGAGGAGCAGCUUCUACUCCAGAGGAAUCUCGGGAAGGGAAGAAAGACAAGGAAGGGGAAAGAGUCUCUGAAGAAGGCAAACAGAAAGCCAAAGGCAGCAAGCCUUUAAUGCCAACCUCCACUAUCCUAAGGCUGCUUGCUGAGUUGGUGAGGUCCUAUGUUGGUAUUGCCACUCUAAUUGCCAACUACAACUAUGCUGUGGGCCAGUCGGAGCUUAUCAAAGAGGACUGCAGUGUGCUGGCGUUUGUCCUGGACCACCUUCUCCCACAUACCCAGAAUGCUGAGGACAAAGACACCCCGGCACUAGCCCGUCUCUUUCUUGCCAGCCUGGCUGCAGCGGGCAGUGGCACAGAUGCCCAGGUGGCCCUGGUGAAUGAAGUCAAGGCUGCUCUGAGUCGAGCAUUGGCAAUGGCUGAGAGCACAGAGAAACAUGCCAGGCUCCAAGCAGUGAUGUGCAUCAUAAGCACCAUCAUGGAGUCAUGCCCCUCCACCUCCAGCUUCUAUAGUAGCACCACUGCCAAGACCCAGCACAACGGCAUGAACAACAUCAUUCGGCUCUUCUUGAAAAAAGGUCUUGUGAAUGACUUGGCAAGAGUGCCUCACAGCCUGGACCUCUCUAGUCCCAACAUGGCCAACACUGUCAAUGCUGCCCUGAAGCCUUUGGAGACACUGUCACGGAUUGUGAACCAACCUAGCAGCCUCUUUGGCAGCAAGAGUGCUUCCGGAAAAAGCAAAUCUGAACAGGAUGCUCAAGGAGCAUCUCAAGAUGCCAACAGCAACACGCAGGACCCAGGGGAAACAGGGGAGACAGAAGUACAGGAAGAAGACCACGAUGCCACUCAGACAGAGGUGGCAGAUGGUGAUAUCAUGGAUGGAGAAACUGAAAAUGACACCGUAGUGAUUGCUGGGCAGCCACAGGUGCUCAGUACUCAGGAGAUGCAGGUGGAGAAUGAGCUUGAAGACCUAAUAGACGAAUUGCUUGAGAGAGAUGGCGGAUCUGGGAACAGCACAAUUCUCGUGGGCAGAAGUGGAGAGGACGAGUCACAAGAGGAUGUGCUGAUGGAUGAAGCUCCGUCCAACCUCAGCCAGGCUUCCACCUUGCAGGCCAACCGUGAAGAUUCAAUGAAUCUCUUGGAUGCUGAGGAUGAGGAGGAGCACACCCAGGAGGAGGACAGCAGCGGCAGCAAUGAGGAUGAAGAUGAGAGUCAGGACGAGGAGGAAGAGGAGGAGGAAGAUGAGGAAGAUGAUCAGGAUGACGAGGAAGGUGAAGAGGGAGAUGAGGAUGAUGAUGAUGACGGCUCAGAGAUGGAGUUGGAUGAGGAUUACCCCGACAUGAACGCAUCCCCCUUGGUCCGCUUUGAGCGCUUCGAUCGAGAGGAUGACCUCAUCAUUGAAUUUGACAACAUGUUCUCCAGUGCCACAGAUAUCCCUCCAUCCCCAGGGAACAUCCCCACUACCCACCCAUUAAUGGUACGGCACGCAGACCACAGCUCUCUCACCCUGGGCAGCGGUUCUUCCACCACCCGCCUCACCCAGGGCAUGGGCCGCAGCCAGAGGACGCUGAGGCAGCUGACAGCCAACACAGGGCACACGAUCCACGUGCACUACCCUGGCAAUCGGCAGCCCAACCCUCCCCUCAUACUGCAGAGAUUGCUGGGUCCUUCUGCCGCGGCCGAUAUCCUUCAGCUGAGUAGCAGCCUGCCCCUCCAGAGUCGCGGCCGGGCUCGCUUGCUGGUUGGCAAUGACGAUGUGCACAUCAUUGCCCGCUCUGAUGAUGAGCUGCUUGAUGACUUCUUCCAUGACCAGAGCACGGCUAGCAGCCAGGCAGGGACUCUCUCGAGCAUCCCCACAGCCCUGACCCGCUGGACAGAGGAAUGCAAAGUGCUUGAUGCCGAGAGCAUGCAUGACUGUGUGUCUGUGGUGAAAGUGCCUGUCCUAAAUCACCUGGAAGCCCUUAGGGACGAGGAGCUGGAGGAGAGGCGAGAAAAACGGAGACAGCAGCUGGCCGACGGAGAGUCCAAGGGGAAAGAAGAGAAGGAGAAUAAGGAGCAGAGCACACAGGAAACCACUUCCAAAACAGAUACUUCGGCCCAGCAGAAUGUCACAG